UCAGUUACUCGCCUCCCGAGCCAAGCUUACAUACAUUGGAGCCUGGACUCACGAGUCCUCACCCUGCCUUGAUGGCCACUAACGGCGCUGCCUCCUUCCCUCUUUACCGGGUCCUGGUCUUGGUGCCCAAGUACUAUUCUGGACUGGAGAGGAAACUGCAAAAGUAUUUCCAGAGCCCGAGGAAGUCCGGGGGAGGAGAGUGCAUGGUCAAAGCUGGUACCAUCGAAGGCACUUUCUGGGUAGAGUUUUUGGAAAGAGAAGCAAGACAACGAGUCCUGGAGAGAGAGAACCAUGAGUUAGAAUUACCAGGAGAAGAAAAGUUGAAGCUCACUGUCAGAUUGCCUACAGCAAAGGAUGUGGAUGAAGGCAAUGAAGAAGAAAUCCCAACAGAAGAAUCCAAGAUCAAAGAUGGAGCCCAGGAACAAGAUGUAUCAGAAGACCAGGACACAAAGCUCCCACUGGACAGAAGACUGGAUGAGACAGAGGACAUGUCCAAAGGAUCUGAAAAUGUUCCUUCUCUGGUUGCAUUUAAAAAUCUCCCAGAUCUGAAGAACGAGUAUCUCCUAGUUUUACUGGUGGAAAAGAUUACCGGUCUGUCAAAGACCAAAGGAGAUUUUGAAGUAGAAGUCAUACCAGAAGCAGAAACUGCUGUGUUUACCUUUCUGAAACAAAUUGAUACAAAGACAUUUGUGGAUCAUUGUUCUCAAAACCGAAUAGUCCAAGAGAAAAAGAUUUGUGUAGCACCUCUGGAAGAGACAAGAACCAUUCUGGUGGAAAACCUGCCCUCUGAUGUUAAUGAAAGUUACAUCACUCUUUUCUUUGAGAACCUCCAUAAUGGAAGGGGACAAAUAACCAAAGUCCAGUGUUUCCCAAAAGAUGAUUCAGCUCUGAUUGAAUUUUCUGAAUGCCAAGUGGUCAAAGCAAUAUUGACAAAGAAUCUUCUCUUCAACAACAAUUCCAUUUCAAUAGUCUCAUACUACCAUAGUUUGGGUACUGCUUUAUAUGGAAAGGCACAACGACCAACGAAGCUGCCAGAGCCCUUAACAAUACCAGUGGAACCUUAUCUAUUGAAGCUCUUACAGAAAGAUGAUCAAGUAAUUGGAGAGAUAUCUAGCACCAUGGAGAGCUGUCACUGUGAGCUAACAUGGCCUAUACCCAAUGGUAAAGAGACAGAAAUUAUACUCAGUCCUUCAGCCACCUUAGUCAGCCAAAGGAGAACAAAGAGCAACAUAAUCAAGACAUGGAGUGAGGAUGUUUCCCUGAGAUUCUCUUGCCUCAUGUCUGAAUACCAGGUUAGGAAGUAUAAUGUAGCCCCAGGGAUGUGGGAAGCCAUUAGAGAGAGCAUAGGAAAUAAAAGCAUUUUGACUGAGUUUGAUAAGCUUCAGGAGACAGUGAUCAUUGCAGGGAGACUGGAGGAUGUGCAAAGAACUGAACGACAGAUGAGGACUCUGAUAGAAAAGUUCAUCCAAAAAAUAGAAAGGGAAAAACAAAGUAUAAGUGUGUACUUGACCAUGUGUCCUGGAAGGUUUUCUAUUUUGUGCAAGAACGGGUUAGAAGAGACUCUCCACAAGGAAUACCCAGAGCUGGAAGUCACUUACAGUGCCCUCACAAAGAGCAUUUGCCUGAGUGGAUUGCCCAUAGAUGUGUACAAAGCAAAGAGUGAAAUUCUGGAGAAACUGCAGAGCUUGGCUCAGAAACCCCUCCAUGCUCCUCCUCAGAUCAUUCAGUUUCUGCAGCAAGUAAACUGUGAGACAUUCUCUGACUCUCUUUUUGGAGGGCAGAAAAUUCUGGCUGCUUAUGAGUUGGAGGGUGAAGCAAUUGGGCUGGUUGGUGCCUCUCCCCAAAUUCUUUCGGAAGCUGAAGAACAUAUGAAAAAAGUCUUGGACUUUAAGUGCAUCAGUGUUAUAGACAGUGGGAUUGUUAAGGAUUUUCGGUGGAAAAAACUCACUGAUGAAUUAAAUAAAAAAUACAAUUACUCCUCCACAACUGUAAUAAUAGAACAGCAGAAUUCAGACACUGGCAUUCAGAUAAUCAUUGCUGGUUAUGUUAGUCCAGUAUAUGAAAGCUACAGGGAACUUUAUGAAUUUAUAGAAAAAAACACAAAAAUACAGGAGUUGGUCACUGUGAACUCCCUAGUAGUUAUCCAGUAUAUGAAGGAGGAAAAAAAGCAAAUCUGGAAAAACCUAAAGAAAAACCAUGUGAAGGUUGAUUACAAAACUCUAGCCAACCAAAGAGGCAUUUCACUGAGUGGUCCAAAAAGAGAAGUAAUAAAAGGAGUGGCCAUGGUUAAAGAAGCACUAGGUUCAAUACAUGUGAAAAAUUUUAGCAGUGAUAAACCAGGGGCCAAAUCCUUAUUCAAAGACAAAGAAGAUUAUUGUACAAGGGAAGCCAAACAGAGAUAUAAUUGUUUAAUUUGGCUACAAGAAGAUGUAGAUGAGAGCAGUGGGGCCAUCACUGUUGGGCAGAAAAUCUACUACAAGAUAACCUUAGAAUCUGGCAUCUUAAUAACAGUUCAGAAAGGUGAUUUAACCCAGUUCUCAGCAGAUGUGGUGGUUAAUGCUGCAAAUCAGGACCUACAGCACGCUGGAGGCCUGGCAGCUGCACUCUCUAAAGCAGCAGGCCCAGAGCUACAGAGGGACUGUGACCAGAUAGUCCAGAAACAGGGUAAGAUCCCUCCUGGCUGGGCUGUUGUCUCAGCCGCUGGACAGCUCCCAUAUAAGCAAGUGAUUCAUGCUGUUGGCCCCAGGUGGACACAAAAACAUGCUCACAGAUGUGUGCAGCUACUAAAAAAUGCUAUCACUGAGUGUCUUUAUCUGGCUGAACUCAAUGGCCACACUUCAAUAGCUAUCCCAGCCCUCAGCUCUGGGGUGUUUGGCUUCCCCUUAAAAGAGUGUGCAGAGACCAUCAUCCAGUCCAUCAAGGAAAACUUCCAGGACUCCCAAAAUAAACACAGCUUGAGAAAGAUUCAUCUCAUAGAUUCAUCUGAGGAGACAGCUCAAGCUCUUUCCAAAGCUGCAAGGACCAUUUUUAAAGAUGACAAUUCACCACCCUGUACACCAGUAGAAAACCAGAAAACCACCUUGAGAAAAAGUACUGAACAUAAAAAUAUGUUGGACUCCAUCCAAACUAGUGAACACCUGAGCAUCAUCUUGAUGAGAGGGGAUAUUCAGGAUGUGCAGACUGAUAUUAUUGUAAAUUCCAUCCCUUUGGAUCUUCAUCUUGACAGUGAGCCAUUUUCUCAGGCCUUAUUGAGGAAAGCGGGCCCAGAACUCCAGGAAGAAUUAAAUACAUUUGGAAAAACAUCAGUGAAAACAGGUCAUGUUCUGAAGACAAGAGGAUAUAAUCUGGGCUGCAGAUUUGUGCUCCAUGUGGUGGCUCCUGCCUGGGAUGAUGGAGCAGGGAAUUCAGAAGAGAUUAUGGAAGACAUUAUCACAGAAUGCCUGGAAACUGCUGCCUCCCUAUCCUUAACAUCAAUCACUUUUCCAGCAAUUGGAACAGGAAAUAUGAGGUUUCCAAAAACCAUUUUUGCAAAAUUAAUCCUCUCCCAGGUGUUCAAAUUCAGUAGUUCAGGGUCUUUGAAGACUCUAAAAGAAGUGUGCUUUCUGUUGCAUCCCAGUGAUAUUAAAAACACUCAGGCCUUUGAAAAAGAAUUCACUAAAUAUACUGAUAGAAAUACUACCGGUGACAGAGUUUGCAACACCAGAGAUACACAAGAUUUAUUUGGCACCAUUUCUAGCCCUGAGUUGAGAAUAUAUGAAAGGAAGAUUGGACCCAUUACGUUCCAGGUUGCUUCUGGGGACAUCACUAAGGAAGAAUGUGAUGUUAUUGUAAACUCGACAAACAAGAUAUUUGGCUUCAAUAAAGCGGUUUCCAAAGCCAUUUUAUACAUUGCUGCAGCGACUACACCAUCAGUGUGUGCUAUGUCAGCUGCGAAUCUUCUCAGAAAUUUUAUAGUAACAGAAGGUGGAAAUCUAAGGUGCAAGAAAAUAAUACAUGUUAUUGGGGGAAAUGAUGUCAAACAAACCAUCUCUGAAGUCCUACAGGCAUGUGAACAAAUGAAAUAUGCAUCUAUUUCCCUCCCAGCCAUUGGAAUAGGACAGGCCAAACAAGACCCUACUUAUGUUGCUGAAUCUAUAAUCGAUGCCAUUGAAGGUUUUGCACAGGGAAGGUCUGUCCAAUCAGUGAAAAAAGUGAAAGUGGUCAUCUUCCUGCCACAGCUACUGGAAGUGUUUCAUGAUGCUAUGAAAAAAAGAGUGAGAUCUAAGCCACCAACGUCAACCUCUGUUUUCUCUAAGAGAAAAUCAUUUUUAAGUCUUACAAGCCAGCCUCCCAAAAAACAAGAUAAUUUGGUUCUGGAAAAAAUUAAAAAAUCAGCAACUUUCCAGGUGUGUGGUGAAAGCAAGGAGAAUGUUGAAAGUGCUAUCUCUUGGAUACAAGAUUUGAUUUUAAAGGAACACAAAAGCUGUACUUUCACUGAUGAGUCCAUCCAAAACUUUGGGGAAAAAGAAUACAAUGAAUUGAAUGAGCUGCAGAAAAGGUUGAAUGUCAUCGUUGAUAUGAAACAUGGAGGGUCUCAGAUUGAGAUCACAGGAACUACCCAAGAUGUGUUCGAGGCUUCCCAGGCAAUUCAAGACAUGAUCAAGAGAACACACUUCCAUAUAGGUGAGGAGUCUAAGGCUGAGGAGCUCAGGAGAACCACCACAUGGCACUAUAGUGCCAGAGGUCUUUCCAUGCCUUUUGACAAAAUAACUAAUCUACAUUUGGAGGAUGCAAGGAAAGGAAAGAAAAAUAACAUUGUUGUUAAAAUUGAGAAUGAAAACUAUACAGUAGACUUUAACACUAACCUUGCUACAAAUGGAAAGGGACACAGCUUGCAUGUUUAUCGUAUCAAAAAACCUGAAGUUGAGAUCCCUAACCACUGGGAUGACAUGAAAGACCAGAACCUUCUUUUGGUGGAGUUACCUCCGGGACAUGUAGAAUUCGAGAGAGUAAAAGACAAGUGUUAUGAGAUUUCUGCUGAGUACACAAUAGAGAAGAUUCAGAGGAUACAGAACAAAAUUCUUUGGAAUUUGUAUAAGACAAAGAAAAUAUUCAUGGACAAGCAGAACAAACACACAAAAAAUGAAAGACGCCUCUUCCAUGGGACAGAUACUGACUCAGUGUCCUAUGUCAAUAGUCAAGGCUUUAAUCGCAGUUAUGCUGGGAAAAAUGCUGCAGCAUGGGGAAAAGGAACUUAUUUUGCUGUCAGUGCCCUAAAUUCAGCUAAAAAUAGAUACUCCAAGCCAGAUAGCAAUGGGAAGAAGCAUAUGUAUUAUGUGCGAGUACUUACUGGUGAUUACACUCUUGGAAAUCCAUCAUUCAUUGUCCCUCCGCCAAAGAUAAAUCAAGAUGCUGUUGUUCUAUAUGACAGUGUGACUGACAGUAUGACAAAUCCAAGCUUCUUUGUUAUAUUUUAUGAUAAUCAGGCUUAUCCAGAGUACCUCAUUACUUUCAGGAAAAAGCAUUUUGGUUUCAUGUCCGUGUGAUAUUAUGUAGACAUUUCUUUGUAGCAUGUUUUAGCAUUCAAUGUAUUUUUUUAGAUCACAACAUUCACUCUUCUUGCUGAAAUUAGUACUUAAAGCAUUAUCACCAGUGUGAUUUUUAAUUUAUGCUUCUUGUGGUCAUUCCCCAGUUGAUAAAUGAUCAAAGGAUUAGAACUGGCAGUUUUCACAUGAAGAUCAAAGCUAUAGUUAUAUGAAAAAUGCUCAAAAUCACUAUUGAUUAGAGAAAUACAAAUUAAAACAACUCUGGGCACCACCUUACAUUCUGCUGUUUGACUAAUAUGACAGAAAAAGGAAAACGAUGGGGGAAAUUUGGGAAUGUGGGAAUGAUAUGGGAAAAUUUGGGCACUAAUGGACUCUUGGUGGAGUUGUGAACUGAUCCAAGUGUUCUGAAGAGAAAUUUGGAA